UGGAAGAUGGACGGUAAUUCUUCUCUAUUUGCUUUCUUUUAGUAUCCCAACCCCAUGGAUAAAAAUGUCGUCUCGGUACAAACCGUGGAGGAAAAAAGAGAUGCGUCAACAGGGAUCAUCUAUAGAAAGAGGAUUGCAAUCUGUCAGAAUGUGGUUCCAGAAAUUUUAAGGAAGGUGAGCAUUUUAAAGGUACCCAAUAUCCAGUUAGAAGAGGAAUCGUGGCUCAAUCCUCAGGAAAGAAGCAUGGCCAUACAGAGUCACUGCCUUACGUGGACACAGUAUGCAUCCAUGAAGGAAGAGUCCGUCUUCCGGGAAAGCAUGGAGAAUCCAAAUUGGACAGAGUUUAUUCAGAGAGGCAAGAUUUCAAUCACAGGGGCUGGCUUUCUCAACUGCAUUUUGGAAACUUUUGCCAGCACAUUCUUAAGACAGGGAGCCCAGAAGGGAAUUAGAAUAAUGGAGAUGCUGCUAAAGGAGCAGUGCGGCGCCCCCUCGGCCGAGUGAACGCCAUCGGGGAGCUGUGUUGUGUCUGCUCUUAUUCGAGAAUCACUUCUCGGACACAACACAUCCAAGACACAGUUUUCGAAAUGCAGGUAUAAGGAUGCAGUGUCGUCAGCUUAAAGAAGAGGACACCUCCCUGCCAGGACUUGAAAUGACACACCCCUGGGAGCCAGCUUUACACAGUGGCACUUGUGGAGAUGAGUCCUUCCAGCUGGAUUUUUAUGGCACAGACUCUACAAUUUUACAAAUAAGGGAAAACUCAUAGAAGGUGAUGUCCCUCUUUUUCAGGAUGUCCUGCUGAUUGCCUGGUGAUGGUGUCAGGCGGCCAAGGACAGACCUGGACGCUGGUGCUUGUGCCUUUAUGUCAUCUGUAUCAUUGCUCGUAGGACUCAUGAGAGGAUUCUGGGAAAAAUAAAUGAAUCGAACCUGAUACCUGAUUCACAGGUGGCCUGGAACAGACAGGCAUGUACCAGACCUGAGCCAAAGUGAAGCCCUGCUUAUAGUUAUGAUGAAGAUUCUCAGAAAUCAGGAGCAUUUGAUUUAGACCCAUAAGUACCACAUAACUGCCAUCAUUAUAGCUUUUAAUGUGUAACUUGUGAGCUGUGGUUUGGUCUGCUGAAAAAACAUUGGAUGGAGAGUGGGAAGGUUAUGUGUGUAUAAUCUUGGCUCUUACUAUCUCAUUCGGAGAUGUGGAGCAGAUCCUAACCUCUCUGUUUUCACUGGGCAAGUGGGGAUCAUCAGAACAGAUCUUACUACCUGUGGCUUGUGAUGAUUAAACAAAGUGUUUAGCGUGAGAAGCACAGGCUUCUGAGUCGCACAGACAGACCUUGGAUUGAGUUCAUGCACUACCACCCACUAGCUCACUAGAACAUAAUUUUAAAGCUUUAUGAAGCUCAGUUUUUUAAAAUUUGUAGAAUGGGCUGACGGAAUUAACUUUGUGAGGUUGUUGGACCAAUUUCAGAUCUUAUAUAUAUGCAGUGCCUCGUGUUCCCAGUACAUAGUAGAAGUCCAUUAAGUAGGAGCCAUUCUUAUGUGAAACCAUUCUGAAAAUGUGCUUUUCAGAUGUAAUGUAAAGUAGUAGUAUUACUGUUUGAAAAUCAGAUGACAGUAGUUUGCUUUUCCCGUGAUUGGAAGCCAAACUAUAAAUGCAUACUACCCAACAGAAAGCUUGAAGAGGCAAAAAUUUGGACUCCAUCUAAAGGUAAAAAUUGGACCAUUAAUGGAAAGUCUUGGGGAAAUUGUUUUUUUUCUUUAAAUAUUUGAAAUAUUUUUUUGUGCUACCUGAGUUUUGUUACUUGGGAUAAUUUCUUCUCAUUUCUUUAGUGUUAUGUUUGCUAAUUGUGUUGGAACAGGAGGGAGAAUGAAUGGUAGAAACCAGAAUACGCUUUGACGUCCUUUCCUAGUUUGUCAAUGCCGUUUUGUAAGCUUUUGGAAUAAUUGCCCACUUCCAAAAAUAAGAGGUGAUGUGAAUUAUCAUAGAGGUGAGAGGCAAGAAAUUUGUAUUUGGAGGCUGACAUUGAAAUAAGCUUACUACUUUGUACGCAACAGCUUGCAUCCUCCGAAGGCAGGAGUUCUCAGCCUUGGCUGUCCGUUACGACCAUCUGGGGAGCUUUGUGCAGUCCUGAUGCCCCGGUUACAUCCCAGACCAAUAAAUCAGGAUCUCUGGGCGGAACCCAAGCAUCAGUAUCUUUUAAAGCCCCCUAGGUGAUUCCAAUGAGCAGCUAAGGAGGAGAGCAGGACAGUGACUUCUAGGUGAUCUGCAGACAUCUGAUUUCUUUCUUAACACCCCUGAGGUAGGAAAGGAUCUUUGUGGUAAGAAUUUUUGUUAGAAGUA